CCUUAGCGAGCAGGAAGAUGAUAAACGAAACUAGUUCAACUCUGGCCGGCUCUGGAGGGGAGCGUCCUACUAGAAGACACCGGACCAGGAGAAUGGCGCAUUACAGGGCUUCAGACUCGAAGAGGGAGCAGUUCCGGAGGUACCUGGAGAAAGGAGGUGUUCUGGACAGUCUGACCGGUGUACUGGUGUCUCUGUACGAGCAACCGGAGAAGCCGAGCAACGCGCUGGACUUCCUGAAGCAGCAGCUGGGCGCCGCUGGGGAGGAGAUGGAGGAGACGCAGGCCCUGCGGCAGGAGCUGGCCAGGCUGAGGGAGCAGUGUGAGGUCCUGGGGGAGGAGAACAAGGACCUCCGCUCCCGGCUCCAACGCUACGAGCCCGCCCCAGAUGCCCCCCCCGCUGCCGAGUAGCACGCGACGGAACCCCACCAAAGUGCACAUUUUAGUUUAUUUUAUGUGUGUUGUGUUGUUUUAAAGCCUUUAAUUGGAAGGCCCUGUGUUUUCUACUGAGUGUUUAUUUCAUUGUUUCUUAACCUCAAGUUAUUUUGUACAGAUUGUAUGCAGGUCGUUUUAUAGGGUUCCACUGACCACGUGGUUCUGCCCUAGCGUCUGCUCUUUUGCGAGCAGAUCAUGAGCAUAAUUUCUAAUGUUUUGUAUAUCAAGCAUAUUUUGCUGUCCCUUCGCAUUAAGAUGAUCCACUCAGGAUGGGAUUCUGCUUCAUUUUCAGAAUGUAUGAUUAUCAUUUGUGUUUCUAUUGAAUGAUAAACAUUUACAAAAGUGAGGAUGUAUGUCAUAUGAAUAGUUCCUCUAAUGUGAGCACUAAGUAAUGUAAGGAAAUAUUGUUUCUUCACCUCAACAGUGGACCUGAUUGUUUUGUUGGCUCAAACCAAUAAAUGAUUGGACCAGA